AUGUUGGCCACAGUAUUCUUAAUAGUCGCAAGUGCGCUCACUGCAAAUGCCAAGCUCGGGAUCAACUGUCGCGGUUCCGCAAAGUGCAGCGCAUUAUGGGGGCCUUCUGAUGCGGCCCAGCAACUCACCAAUGUGAUUCAACAUAUCGAUGUCAACAGAUGGUACAUGAACGGAGAGCACAUCGCCUGUGUUGGCAACCAGGCCGGUAAUGGCGGUGGUUAUUGCGCCUUCCUGCAGAAGACCGGUGGAACCAACGGCGGUGUGAUUAAGAACCUGGCUCACUAUAUUACGGAUCAUGGUUGCAAGCAGUGCGGUAGUGUGCCAUACUUUUACCCUCAGGGUAACAACAAUGUGGAUGAUGGCGAGCUCACGUAUAACUAUGUUGAUGAUCCUUGCGCUACAGCGGGUACCCAGCUUUGUUAA